GGUCGGCUUCCGACGAAGGGGGCGAGUUCACGUCAUUGCUCCAUCAAGGCUUGCGGGACGAUGACGGCGGAGGAGUUGAUCUGAGGUUCGAGUUGUGUUCUGGCGGCGGCAGGGAGGCGAGUCGUACGUUCAUCAUCGACGUAGAUCUUUCGGCACGUGGCGUUAAGCAUGGUGGAAGUCUGCAUAUGGAGCAGUCCACACGCUGCACUCGUGACUAGCCCGGUCGGGCCAUUGCCAGCGGGACAGCAGCAUGGAUCGACUGCUCCGUCCGUCGAUCGAUUAACACCGACCUGGCCCGCACCCCCCGGGGUGGCAGCAGGGCCCCUGCGCAUGGGCGGUGCACGUUCGUUGAUGCCUGCGUACACAACACCGGUCGAAUCCGGAGUGAAGGACGAGGGAACGUGCAGAGUGCCGGUACGUCCACGACCCACUGUGGAGAACAUAACACGUGGAGUGCCGAACAUGCGUGCACACAGCGAUGGAGGCGAAGACGACGUCGGCUUCGGUGACGACGCAGACGAAGGGAUGAGGGAAGACGUGGAAGCGGGGGACGACGACGACGACGUUCCAAUUCGGCCUUUAGGGAAGACGGCUGGGACGGAGAAAGGACGCGGCAGAGGUGGUGUCCGUGGUCGAUCCGUUGGCCGUGGAGGCAGAGGUGGCGUAAGUGGCAACGCCGGGAAGUCUCCGACGUACUGGUCUGCAGAAGACCAAAUGCUCCUGGUGCGAUGCAAGCGGGAGCAAGAUAUGCACCUCGCCGGCUUGUCUCACAGUUACGGGCGGAUGAAGACGAAAGAGUGGAAGUGGGAGGACAUGUCGAAGCGGAUGGCAAAUGCGGGGAGGCCGAAGGACGCUGACGACUGCAUGAAGAAGUGGGACAAUCUGUUCCAGAACUACAAGAAAAUUCAGAGGUUUCAGAAUGCCAGCGGGCGGCCAGAUUUUUUCAGGUUGACGAACAAAGAGAGGAAGGAGCACAACUUCAAGUUCCGGAUGGGCAGGGCACUGUACAACAAGAUCCACGCGGGCAUGGUGGGGAACCACACGAUUUUCCCUCCCAACGUUGUCGACACCGGCAGUCCGGAUGGGGUGCAACUGCCCAGGCGAGGAGCGGGUGGCGGGGAGUCUGUUUGUAGUGAGGCGGCCGGUGAAGGCUGCCCUGACGAGCGUUCUUCUGCGAGGGAGUCCGACAGCAACGUAGUCAGCGGGGCGGGAGGCGGGAAGCGUAAGAACGCGCGUCAGCAGGCAUUCGAGUCCAUCUCUGAUGUCAUGGAACGCCAUGGCGCACUGAUGUCGUCGAUGAUCGAAUCGUCUAGCAAGCGGCAAUGCAGCAUCUUCACGAGGCAAUGCGACAUACUGGAGCAGGAAGUUGCCGUCCAAAAAGCGCACUAUGCGGCGUCCGAUGAGACGCAGAGGAUGAUGUGCAAAGCACUGUUGGAGAUCGCUGCCGCCAUCCGUGGUCGGUCGGCCAUGUAGGCCAUUACGUGCUUUGUUGAUCAAAG